AGAGACAAUAUGGAACUGAACCAAAUUGAUGAUGAAUCUAGUAGAAGAGAUGACAAAUGUGGAAAAUGCCGGAAAGUCAAAGGAAGGCAAAAUAAAAUGAAGCAAUAUUGUCAGAAGGACUUUGUGUUCCGAGGAAGAAUCAUCAGCAAGAAGAUUGUGGGGAAGGAGACCCGUUAUGAUGUACAGGUAGUUAUGACAUAUAAGAACAAUUUCCCUAUUCUGAGAAGAGAAUACAUCUGGGUUCCAAACAUCUGUGAUUGUCCCAACCUGUUGGAGAAAAGGGAAUAUAUUCUGAUGGCCAGAAGACACGUCAACUAUGAACAUACUCUAAACCGAAUAUUGCUAGAGACUCACAGCUUUGUGCGCCUAUAUAGACCAAAGGAGGACAAAAUGCUCAGAGAUCUUGACCAAGAAUGUGCCAAGUAUGGAUACCAAAUCGGCUCACAGCAGAACCAGUAA